UGAUCUCUGUGUCCCGUGCCGUCUCUGUGUGCAUUCUCUGUGUGCAGUCUCUGUGUGUGGUCUCUGUGUGCGGUCUCUGUGUGUGGUCUCUGUGUAUGGUCUCUGUGUGUAGUCUCUGUGUGUGGUGUCUGUGUGUGGUCUCUGUGCAGUCUAUGUGUGCCAUCUCUGUGUGUGGUCUCCGUGUAGUCUCUGUGUGCGGUCUCUGUGUUUGGUCUCUGUGCAGUCUCUGUGUGUGGUCUGUGUGUGUGGUCUCUGUGUGCGGUCUCUGUGUGCGGUCUCUGUGUGCGGUCUCUGUGUGUGGUCUCUGUGUGUGGUCUCUGUGUGCGGCUUCUGUGUGUGGUCUCUGUGCGUGGUCUCUGUGUGCGGUCUCUAUGUGCGGUCUCUGUGUGCGGUCUCUGUGUGCGGUCUCUGUGUGCGGUCUCUGUGUGCCGUCUCUGUGUGCGGUCUCUGUGUGCGGUCUCUGUGUAUGGUCUCUGUGUGCGGUCUCUGUGUGUGGUCUCUGUGUGUGGUCUCAGUGUGCGGCCUCUGUGUGUGGCCUCUGUGCGUGGUCUCUGUGUGUGGUCUCUAUGUGCAGUCUCUGUGUGCAGUCUCUGUGUGCGGUCUCUGUGUGCGGUCUCUGUGUGCGGUCUCUGUGUGCCGUCUCUGUGUGCGGUCUCUGUGUGCGGUCUCUGUGUGUGGUCUCUGUGUGCGGUCUCUGUGUGCGGUCUCUGUGUGUGGUCUCUGUGUGUGGUCUCUGUGUGCGGUCUCUGUGUGCGUUCUCUGUGUAUGGUCUCUGUGUGUGGUCUCUGUGUGUGGUCUCUGUGCAGUCUCUGUGUGCCAUCUCUGUGUGUGGUCUCUGUGUGCGAUCUCUGUGUGCGGUCUCUGUGUGUGGUCUCUGUGUGCGGUCUCUGUGUGCGGUCUCUGUCUGUGGUCUCUGUGUGCGGUCUCUGUGUGCGGUCUCUGUGUGCGGUCUCUGUGUGUGGUCUCUGUGUGCGGUCUCUGUGUGCCAUCUCUGUGUGUGGUCUCUGUGUAGUCUCUGUGUGCGGUCUCUGUGUGCGGUCUCUGUGUGUGGUCUCUGUGUGCCGUGUCUGUGUGCGGUCUCUGUGUAUGAUCUCUGUGUGCGAUCUCUGUGUGUGGUCUCUGUGUGUGGUCUCUGUGUGCGGUCUCUGUGUGCGGUCUCUGUGUGCGAUCUCUGUGUGCAGUCUCUGUGUGUGGUCUCUGUGUGCGGUCUCUGUGUGUGAUCUCUGUGUGCCGUGCCAUCUCUGUGUGCAGUCUCUGUGUGCAGUCUCUGUGUGUGGUCUCUGUGUGCGGUCUCUGUGUGGUCUCUGUGUGCCGUUUCUGUGUGCGGUCUCUGUGUGCGGUCUCUGUGUGCGGUCUCUGUGUGCGGUCUCUCUGUGUGGUCUCUGUGUGUGGUCUCUGUGCAGUCUCUGUGUGGUCUCUGUGUGCGGUCUCUGUGUGCCAUCUCUGUGUGUGGUCUCUGUGUAGUCUCUGUGUGCGGUCUCUGUGUAUGGUCUCUGUGUGCGAUCUCUGUGUGUGGUCUCUGUGUGUGGUCUCUGUGUGCGGUCUCUGUGUGCGGUCUCUGUGUGUGAUCUCUGUGUG